CAAAACGUUAUAAAUGAAUCUUAUAAGAAAUGGUACAUGUAAAUCGCUGUAUGUGCAAAGCGGACGAAAAGGGCACAACAAGAAGAAAGCACAACAGCACAUAAAUCAACCAAUGUCAUCAAAAUGGCCAACAAUGAACAGUUUAAUGCCUCAUGUGGAAACAUGCGACCGUUAGCUUACUUUGUCUUGGUUAUCAGCAUAUUCCAUGUGUGCAUCUCUCAGACAGACAUUAGAACGAUCGAAUGGACAUCAAGUGGAUCUUCUUCCAGACAAAGGUCAGGGAUUGUCUCGGACUCCAUUGUACCUUAUAGAAUUUUAAACAGUGAAGUGAUAGAAACGCCAAUACAAAUUGAGUCACUACCGGACGUGUUAGCAAAUGAAGCACGUGGUACAAAUAGAAUCCAAAACGAGGCACUUGCAUCUUUGUUAAAUUUAAGACAAACAAACGGAGAUCGGAAUUCGGUGUUUUAUUCUCAGUAUCAGGGAUUUCAGCCCGUUAGUUUGUCAUUGACAGGUGCAGACUCUUGCUAUACAAGGAUAAAGGCAGAAUUUGAUCGAGCAUAUCCCAGACUUCCAUCUCUUGUGCCGGAUAUUACGUCAGUAAAUACCAUGUUUGACCCAGUGCCACAACGUAUAUCCGAGCUUCCUCGGGGGAUAUCUCCAAUAUAUGUACUAUCUAGACGAACAGACCCUAUUGCCUAUGUCCCGUACAGACUUGACGGUACUGGGGCUCCCUUGAGGGUUCCCUUCCACAGGCGAACAAGGAGACUGGCCUAUCCUGAUUUUCCCCUCCUCAUACCCUACACGCAACUUUCAAUCAAUAAUCGGCCUAGAAACAGAAAUUACGUCAUUUUUAUUCCAUUUCAACCAGACGUCAAUAGGAUUCAGAACAAUUGUCUACCUGUUUCAGUUCCCGUCACCUCUAGGAGGGAGAAUUUCCCGAAAUAUGUUCCCUACCGAGUCAGAUUUAGCAGAAUGCAACCAACCAGUGUGACAAUUCAGUUUUAG